CCGCGCCCUGGCAGCUGCGGGCGCGGCGCGGAAGGCGGCGGCGGUGGCGCUGGUGGCGGCGGCGGCUGCGGGGCUACCCGGCGACAGCGGAGGCCCGGCCGAGCGGACCUGAGCCCCGGUCCCCGCGCGCCUGCUCGCCUGCCUCGCGCCAGCCGCGCAUGCAGCCCCAGCCCGCGGAGACAUGAGCGCCCCGCGGCCCGACGCACCCGAGGCGCAGCGGCCCGGCCCCGCGGCCCCGUGAUGGGCUCCUGCGUGUCGCGAGUUGCCGGCGGUGACGUGGCCGGGUCCCAGCUGGGCUAAGAGCAGCCUGUGAUUUCAUCCUGGGCCGCUUCAUUAUCUGACAUCUCCAUGGCAACCUGUCUGUGACAUCACGGGACCAAAGUCCUCGGAGGGGAGAAGGCAGCUUGGUCAGAUCUCUUCACAAGUGCCCACAAGGACUGCCCCAUGCCCCAGGGCACGGAAGCCCUUGACCCACACCUGUGCGCGAGCUGCCCGCCCACCACUGCUCCAGACCAUGUCGCUGGCAAGGACAAACAGAUGGACUUCUGUUGGGAUCCUUGGCAGAGGUGCUUCCAGACCACCAAUGGCCACCUGUGCCACUCCAGAUCCUGCGCCAGCAACUACAACGUGGCUGCCUUGGCCACCUCGUCUCUCGUGGGGGUGGUGCAGAGCAUCAAGGACCACAUGACCAAGCCCACGGCCAUGGCACGGGGCCGCGUGGCCCACCUCAUUGAGUGGAAGGGCUGGAGCGCCCAGCGAUCGGGCUGGGAGCUGUCCCCGGCCGAGGACGAGCGCUACCACUGCCUCCCGGAUGAGCUGCGGGAGGCCCGCUUUGCAGCAGGGGUCGCCGAGCAGUUUGCCAUCACAGAGGCCACACUGAGCGCCUGGUCCUCGCUGGACGGUGAGGAGCUGCACCUCGAGACCAGCCCCCAGGACACGGAUCAGCUCCAGGGCCUGCAGGACAGCUUCCUGAGCGGCCCAUCACGGGAUGACAGCCUCCUGGCCUUCUCCUCGCCUGGCCACUCCCCUGAUGAGUGGCCCUCCCCCUCUCCCCUCCCCCCUGCCAGCCCCCAGCCCCCCAGCCCUGAGCAGCAGCACCGGCAGCGGCUGCCCGGGGGCCUGGGGCCCGAGGCAGGGGGCUGCCUGCAGGGGUCGCUCCCCUCGGUGGACAGCGGCUCCCUCUCCGAAGAGGAAGACGAGGUUUUCUAUAACUGAGGUGGGGGCUGCACGGGGCCAGCACCUGCCCACACCGUGACCUUGGCCAGUCCGUAGCCCAGGCACAUCUGGACUCUGGGAAUGCCGCUGGGCAGCUCUCCACCUCUUGGG